GGAUGUGCCAGUUCUCAGCAUCAGCCAUCUAUUUCUGAUCUGAUUAAUUCAGUAAGGGGACUGCACUGACCAUACCGUUAAGAGCUCUAGGAGGAUUCACUGGUAUGCCAUGCUUCACUCUGCAGAAACCAUAACUGGCUCAGGUUGUCAGUGCUCUUCCCAGUUUCCUCAGGAGGAGCCAUGAGCUUACUUUAUGAAGAAUGGAUUUCACAGAGGCCUAUUCUGAUAGAUGUUCUGCUGUGGGACUUGCAGCUAGAGAAGGAAAUGUGAAAAUGCUCAAGAAACUAAUUAAACAGGGAUACAGUGUUGAUGUUCCAGAUAACAGAGGAUGGAUGCCAAUCCAUGAAGCAGCAGUUCGCAAUUCAAGUGAAUGUCUGAGGUUACUUAUUCGUGCAGCUCCAUCUGAAAACUACAUAAAAUCAGAGACAUUUGAAGGGAUGUGCGCACUGCAUCUUUCUGCAAGCCAUGGGUGUGUGGAAAGCGUCAACUUUCUUUUGGAAGCUGGAGCUGAUCCUAAUGCAGUUACUACUGAAGGAAGCACCCUACUGUUCCUAGCUGUUGAAAAUGGGCAUCCAGGCAUUGUAAAGUUGCUGCUGCAAUAUGGAGCAGGUAUUAAUGGACAUCAUUCUUGGUCUGGAUGGAAUUCUUUGCACCAAGCUUCUUACCAGGGAUACACUGAGAUAAUAAAAAUACUCUUGGAGAAAGGAGCAAACAAGGAAUGUGAGGAUGACUUUGGAAUUACACCUUUAUUUGUUGCUGCUCAGUAUGGAAAGCUGGAGAGUUUAAGAGUACUUAUAUCCUAUGGUGCAAACAUCAACUGUCAGGCCAAGGACAGAGCCACUCCGCUGCUGAUUGCUGCGCAGGAAGGCCACGCCGCGUGCGUGGAGCUGCUGUUGUCCGAGGGCGCCGACCCGAAUCUCUACUGUAACGAGGAAGAGUGGCAGCUGCCUAUUCACGCGGCGGCCGAAAUGGGCCAUAAGGAGAUACUGGAGUUGCUCAUACCAGUUACCGACCGGAUGUGUGACAGAGGAGAAGGCAAAGUGAGCCCUGUGUAUUCGGCGAUUUAUGGCGGCCAUAAGGAGUGCUUGGAAAUGCUGCUCGAGGAAGGCUACGGCGCAGACGCUCAGGAGUGCCUCACCUUUGGCUGCAGGUCACCCAUGUGCAUGGUUUUCCAGAAAGAGUUUUUUUAUUUAAUUGAUGUUCUCCUCAAAUAUGGGAUCACCCUCCUUGGGAUUAAUUUAGGAUAUUGCCUGUACCAUGGGAAAUUUACUUUGUUUCGACGCUUCUUGAAGUUGGGCUGUUCGUUGCCAUCUGAGGAGCAGUUGCUGGAGUUUGUACGUUAUGCAGUUAAAGCACACGAGCAGUACAAGGAGUGGCUGCCUUAUCUGCUGCUGGCUGGUUUUAAUCCGUUGAAUUUACUCUGCAAGUUGUGGAUUUAUUCUGUCAAUGAGGAUGCCCUUAGUUUCGUUUUGGAGUUCACGAACUGGAAGAGGCUUCCUCCAGCUAUAGAACGAAACCUUUCAGACUACAAGGAGAGCUCCGCGUGGAUUCCAAAGAGUCAUUUUGACUUCAUUCCUUCCUUGUCUCAUCUUUGUCGUCUUGAGAUCCGGUCCAUUUUAAAAAGUGAGUGUCUACGAUCUGAACAGUUUAUCCGUGAAUUGCCAUUACCAGCUUGUCUCCAGGACUACCUUCUCUACUUGGAUGUAUUGAGAGUGAAUGCUAUUCCAGCUGUAGUAGAGUCUCUGGAGGAGAGCGAUGAGGGAAUUCCUUCUGCCAGUCGUUCCAGUUCUGAAGAUGCAGAGAAGAGGGAAGUGUGUAAUACUGGUGCCAGAUGAUGAUACUGACUGUGACUGAACUCUGAUGUAGAAUUCAUAAUGGCAGUUAGGUAUCAACCAGAGAAGAGCUUCUGUAAAUAGCAAUUUUCAGCAGCAUGCCUUUUCAUACUGUAGUUUUCUAUCAGAUCUAGAAGUUUGUCGCAAGAUCUGUGAUGUGCUUGUUCAGACAGUCUGUUGCAGACUUUCUAAGUCUGAAAAGGUUUUCUGAAAUGAAAUUUUUAACUCUUAUGGAGUAAAUUGGCUUGUUCAAUGAACGGAACUUACAAAAGGUCAGACCCUGUUAGUACUAAUGCUUUAUUCAGAGUAGCGCAUAUACCAAAUGAAAUAUCUGAGUCAAGGACACCUUAUAGUAUUACUGUUAUGAAUUCAGAUGUUAGGGAGUGGUCUAGGUGAAGCAGAAAUGCGAAAUUAAUAUGAAAGAAGGAAGUGCUUGCAGAAGUAACUUUUUUUUCUUGGUCCUCUGUAUUCAGAACUUGAAAAUGUGCAUCCUUUUGUCAUCACUUUCAGUCAUCUUUUGAUGCUUCUUUCUUUGCUGCUUUUGUUGAAACUGUUUUAGGAUAUUCAUUUGAAUAUAAAAAUGCAUAUAGGACUUUACUGAGUGUACCAUUUAUUGUUCAUCCUCUUAAUGUGAACUCUUGUCAUUUAAAGAGGGAAACGGAUCAGGUUGAUAUGCAUUUUCCAUAGGUAGACUAAAUAAUGUUCAUAUCAGUGUCUAAAUUAACAUACUCCAAUGAUAUUUUGCAAUCAUUGUACAGAAGAAGUUAAAU